AUGGACAGCGUCGAACAAAAGCAGAAACAGCUGAAGAGUAUCCUCAAGAACUCAAUAUCAGAGGCCGGCGCAGCCGCACGAUCCGAGACUGAAGCUAGAGAGAUUGCCAUUGCACACGCCAAACUCCUUCAGCAUCGCAAAGAACUCGAGGCCGAGAUCCUGGACAGCGUAGUGCUUCUAUCCGAGUAUCCACUGGUCAGAGCAGCGCCAUAUUCCGCGUCGAAUCCUGCGCAGAGCGAUGUGUCUGGGUUCAAGACGCACGUUCGUCUUUUCCAACCUUCGGAUUAUGAUGAUUUGAUAGAGGAGCGCAAUGUCAACGAGUUAUGCGGGUAUACUCUGUGCGCAAGACCUCGACGAAAGGUCGGCACCGGCGGAGAAUGGAAGCUUACGGGCAGUGGCGAUAUUGUGAAGCGCAAGGACCUCGAGAAGUGGUGUUCCCCGACAUGUGCGAAAAAGGCACUUUUCGUCAAAGUCCAGCUGAAUGAGACGGCUGCCUGGGAGAGGGCAGGCAUUCCAGAUAUACAAAUCGACCUAUUAGACGACGACAAAUCUACAGAAACGGAGGCAGAUAGAACUGCACGCCAACUGGGAGAGCUGAAGCUCGAGGAGCAACGCCAAGCUGCUAGGGAUGCAAAAACUCUUGCUCUAGAGAGAGGUGAGCGUGGAAUAGAUAACAGUGCCGAUAUAAUUAAGGUCGAGCUCAAGGAGAAGGAGACCAAAGUUCCUAGUUCAGAGGACAUUUCGACACAGGCUGCCGACGACCACUUAAGGGUUGAGGGCCACAAGUUUGACCUGCCGAGUAGGCCAAAGGCGUAG